AUGGCGCCUGAACCAAGCGCUGAUGUCCUCGGAUACGAGAAGUCAAUCUUCGAUGCUGGUCUUCACUUCGCCAGACCUGCAUUCACCUUUCAACCUUCUGCAUGGGAACCAUUAGCCAAAGAGACUCUUUCGGCCACGUCUUGGGGCUAUAUUCACGGGAACUGCGGUAAUGGCACAACAUAUCAGAACAAUAUCAAUUCCUUCUCUCGCUGGUCUAUAAUUCCUAACCGACUGGUGCCCAGUCGCAAGGAUGAGAACGGCAAUGAACAAUUCUCCGAUACUACCACCAAGGUCCUUGGUCAAACCCUUCCAUUCCCCUUGGCAAUUGCUCCUAUUGGUGUGCAAAAGAUCUUCAACCCAGAAGGAGAGUCAGCUACUGCUCGAGCUGCCGCGUCGCUGGGAAUCCCUUACACGCUCAGCACAGCUUCCAGCACAAGCAUCGAGGAUGUAGCAGCAGCGAAUGGCAAAGAUGCUCCUCGAUGGUUCCAGCUCUACUGGCCAAGUCGGGAACACGAUGAUAUCACAAUAUCAAUGCUCCAAAGAGCCAAGGCCGCUGGAUACACCGCACUAUUUGUCACACUCGACACCUACGUUCUCGGAUGGCGUCCCAGCGAUCUGGACAAUGGCUACAACCCCUUCAUCCACCCGGAUCACAUCGGCGUCGAGAUCGGUCUGACAGAUCCUGUUUUCAAAAAGCAGUUCAAGGACAAGCACGGAUAUGAUAUCACCGAUGCGCCUAGUGGAGCAUACCAAGCGGCUCAAGGUGGAUCAGCAGGAGGCAGUCUCGGCACCGCGGCCCGCGAGUGGGCCAAGAUCGUGUUUCCCGGACAUUCACAUUCGUGGGAGGACAUCGAAUUCUUGAAGAAGCACUGGGAUGGACCCAUCGUCCUGAAGGGCAUCCAAAGUGUUCCCGACGCCAGAAAAUGCGUCGAGGCUGGUGUCCAGGGAAUAGUCGUAAGCAACCACGGCGGCAGACAGCAGGACGGUGGAGUAAGCAGUCUAGGUAUGCUUCCAAGAAUCGCCGAUGCAGUCGGCGACAAGCUCGACAUUUUCUUCGAUAGUGGUGUCAGAUGUGGUGCGGAUAUCAUGAAGGCGAUUGCGUUGGGGGCGAAGUGUGUUCUUAUCGGACGCCCGUAUGCAUAUGGGUUGGCUCUGGGAGGAGAGGAUGGAGUGAGGCAUGUUCUUCGGGCGCUGUGUGGUGAUUUGACGAUGAAUAUGCACCUUGCUGGGCUGAGAGAUGUUGGUGAGGUGACGCGAGAUAUUUUGAUCAAGGAGAGUGAUGUUGUAUAA